CCCGGCAUGCGCCGGGCGCGCCCCACACGCACUUCCGGUGCGGCGGCUGCGGCGGCGGGAGCUGGGCGACCGCUCAGGCCGCGCGAGUGACGGGCGGCCGGGCGGACGGGAGCCGGGCGGGGCGGCGGCGGCGCGGCCCAGCAAAGGCGCGCGCGGGCGGCCUGGCCCCGCCCCCGCCCCGCCCGCCCGCCCGGUGACCUUCACGGGCCCGGGCGGCGGGCGCAGGCCCUUGCGGCGGCGGCGGGAUGUUCGUGCAGGAGGAGAAGAUCUUCGCGGGCAAGGUGCUGCGGCUCCACAUCUGCGCGGCCGACGGCGCCGAGUGGCUGGAGGAGGCGACCGAGGACACCUCGGUGGAGAAGCUCAAGGAGCGCUGCCUCAAGCACUGUGCUCAUGGGAGCUUAGAAGACCCCAAAAAUGUAACCCAUCACAAAUUAAUACAUGCUGCUUCAGAGAGGGUGCUGAGUGACUCUAAAACGAUCUCAGAAGAGAACGUCCAAGACAAAGAUGUCCUAUUACUGAUAAAAAAGCGUGCUCCAACGCCACUUCCUAAGAUGGCUGAGGUCUCAGCAGAAGAAAAGAAAAAACAAGACCAGAAAGCUCCAGAUCGAGAUGCUAUCUUCCGAGCCACUGCCAGCCUGCCCUCCUACAACAUGGACCGGGACGUGGUCCAGACCAACAUGCGAGACUUCCAGACAGAACUCCGGAAAAUAUUGGUGUCUCUCAUCAAGGUGGCACAGAAGUUGUUAGCGCUGAACCCGGACGCAGUGGAAUUGUUUAAGAAGGCAAACGCUAUGCUGGACGAGGACGAGGACGAGCGUGUAGACGAAGCUGCUCUGCGGCAGCUCACGGAGAUGGGCUUUCCCGAGACCAGGGCCUCCAAGGCCCUUCGGCUGAACCACAUGUCGGUGCCCCAGGCCAUGGAGUGGCUAAUAGAGCAUGCUGAGGACCCGGCCAUCGACACACCCCUCCCAGGCCAGGCCUCACCUGGAGCUGAGGGGGCCACGGCAGGCACCUCCGAGGCUGCUGCUGGAACUAGCACGGAGGAUGAGGAGGCCAGAGAUGAACUAACGGAGAUCUUUAAGAAGAUUCGGAGGAAAAGGGAAUUUCGGCCUGACGCUCGGGCGGUGGUUUCCCUGAUGGAGAUGGGCUUCGAUGAGAAGGAGGUGCUGGACGCCCUCCGGGUGAACAACAACCAGCAGAACGCCGCCUGCGAGUGGCUGCUGGGGGACCGGAAGCCCUCUCCCGAGGAGCUGGACAAGGGCAUCGACCCCGACAGCCCUCUCUUUCAGGCCAUCCUGGAUAACCCCGUGGUGCAGCUGGGUCUGACCAACCCGAAAACACUGCUAGCCUUCGAAGACAUGCUGGAGAACCCGCUGAACAGCACCCAGUGGAUGAACGACCCGGAGACGGGGCCGGUCAUGCUGCAGAUCUCCAGAAUCUUCCAGACACUGAACCGCACGUAGGCGGCACUGUCCCCCGUGGCUGCCCGGCUGCUGCAGCCCCCCAGGAGCAGCCGGAGACGGGGAGAGGAGCCUCCCGGAAACCUGCCCUCUGCACUCGGCCCGGGUGUCAGAGGCGUUGUGGCCCCACUCGUUCUCUGACCUUAUUGCUUACAAACGCCUGCAGUGGCACUUCCUAAGGCAGCGCCUUGCGCAUCUGACAGGCGUCUGCGAAAAGUGGCUUUGGGGCUGGGAAGUGGAAGGACGGCCUCUCCAGAGUGUUCCUUCGGGCUCUUGCGAUGCUGCUUGACUUGACCCUUAGGCGUUGCUUGUAGAGUCCACUUGUUAUUGAAAGAAAGCAUGUUUCUAUCCAAAGCGUUAAUGUCCAAUUUACUAAUUCAACUACGCUAA